GGGGAGGGGAAACGAUAACCCGGCUUCCCUGUCCAGAACUGAAUGCACUUCCUCCUUUCGGAAAGGGCUGGGGGUGGGGAAAGUAGAUGUCUGAGCAGAUGGUUCUAGGAAGGCUUGGAGAAGGUGGCGGCACUGGAGCAGGUUGGGAACCUCUCCGUGGAGGAGAUGGGGACCGGAGGGAUGCACAGAUGAAGCAACGGGCAGGAUAGCUCGGGACCUGGGUCCGCCCGGUGUCCGCAGAGCCCACACACUCUGGACACUCACUAGAGUCGCCUGCAUCGAUAGGCUGGGAGCGGUGAGGUUUGGCAAGAGCCUCAGGCGGGCACGGUGACUAGGGGAGUGCUUGUUAGAGGCUGGGGGCAGGAGGUGUUGGUUUCCUGGUCCAUUUUUAACGCCUCAAAGACCAGAUCAGCCCCCAGAGAACCAAGUGCCCGGUGUCUUGCGCUGAGCCAUCGAACCGUAUGGGAAACUCACGAUGUGCCCGGUGGGCGUAAGACUAAGGGGCACGGUGGUUCCUGUCUUCACGGAGCUCACAGCCUCCCAGGGGACAGAGACGUCACUCAGAUGACCAUGCCCCGCACAAGGGCACUGAAGGAAAAGUAGGGGGCCGUGAGAGCAGCCCCAUCACAGGGUAGCCCCCGAGGAAGUGACAUUUGAGCUGAAGUUGACUAGGACCAGGUGAGACAGGAAUGGAGAAGGGUGGCAGGUCCAUUCCUUCAGGAGGUAGGAAAAAGCCUGUGUGUUUGGGGAGCUGAGGUGGCCGGUGGGAUGGGGACAGAGCCCAGCAGGGACAGAUCAGGCCGUCUUAGCGGACAGAAAGGCUUUUGGUCUUUAUCAUAAGAGCACUGGGAGCCACUGAAGGGCCGACGUCUGAUCUGACAUGAUCAGAUUUACGUUCUUAAAAGGUCACUUUGGUGGCAAUUCACGGAGAACGGCUUGAGGCGACAGAGCUGACGUGAUUAGAGCUCCCGUGAGGGCCUGUGCUGGGCUUGGGCCCCUUCCUGCUCCUGCUGAGUCCACUCUGGCCUGCCCCCUGCGGGCAGGGGUGGGGUAGACCGGUCAGACAGCCCUCUUUCCUUUCCAUUCUUCUAGCCUCCGCCCUGGGGACGUGUGAGCCCUGCGUCCACUUAAUCAUGGAGAGGGUUGGCCUGGGCCACCAGCCCCUUAGGUGAGGACUCUGCCUGGGGCUCCGUGGACGAUUCUGAAUCAUGGAGGCAAAGAGGACUCUUCCGGCCAGGAGACCUUCCUGUUGAAAGUUGUGGCCCAGCUUGGCCGGCCCUUCCUGUCUUCGGGAGAGGCUCCCACCGACCCAGAGCUAGGGGGUUGCGGCUUCCCCGGAUGGGGAGGUGGGCCUUCGACGUGGCCUUUGUGUGGAAGGCGGUGUUGACUCUGGGGCUGGUCCUCCUCUAUUACUGCUUCUCCAUCGGCAUCACCUUCUACAACAAAUGGCUCACCAAGAGCUUCCACUUCCCCCUCUUCAUGACGAUGCUGCACCUGGCCGUGAUCUUCCUGUUCUCCGCCCUGUCCAGGGCGCUGGUUCAGUGCUCCAGCCACAGGGCCCGCGUGGUGCUCAGCUGGACGGACUACCUCAGGAGAGUAGCUCCCACAGCACUGGCAACAGCGCUUGACGUGGGCUUGUCCAACUGGAGCUUCCUCUACAUCACCGUCUCGCUGUACACGAUGACCAAGUCCUCCGCUGUCCUCUUCAUCCUGAUCUUCUCGCUGAUCUUCAAGCUGGAGGAGCUGCGCGCAGCGCUGGUCCUGGUGGUCCUCCUCAUCGCCGGGGGCCUCUUCAUGUUCACGUACAAGUCCACACAGUUCAACGUGGAGGGCUUUGCCUUGGUGCUGGGGGCCUCGUUCAUCGGCGGCAUCCGCUGGACCCUAACCCAGAUGCUCCUGCAGAAGGCCGAACUUGGGCUCCAGAACCCCAUUGACACCAUGUUCCACCUGCAGCCACUCAUGUUUCUGGGGCUCUUCCCUCUCUUUGCCAUAUUUGAAGGUCUCCAUUUGUCCACGUCUGAGAAAAUCUUCCGUUUCCAGGACACAGGGCUGCUCCUGCGGGUACUAGGGAGCCUCUUCCUUGGCGGGAUUCUCGCCUUCGGUUUGGGCUUCUCCGAGUUCCUCCUGGUCUCCAGAACCUCCAGCCUCACUCUCUCCAUUGCUGGCAUUUUUAAGGAGGUCUGCACUCUGCUGCUGGCAGCUCACCUGCUGGGGGACCAGAUCAGCCUCCUGAACUGGCUGGGCUUCGCCCUCUGCCUCUCGGGCAUAUCCCUGCACGUUGCUCUCAAAGCCCUGCACUCCAGAGGUGAUGGGGGCCCUAAGCCCUCGAAGGGGCUGGGCUCCCACCCCGACCUGGAGCUGCUGCUCCGGAGCGGGCAGCCAGAGGAGGACGACAAUGAGGAAGAAGAGGCGUACUUCGUGGCCCAGGGGCAGCAGUGACCAGCCGGGAGACCAGCUUGGAGGCAGGCCUCUCCCCGCCCUCACACCUCACAGCAGCUCGGGGACCCAGGGGGCCCUUCGCGGCAGCUGGGGAGCAGCGGGCCAGGCCUCUCCCAGGCCGGGCCUUGGGGAGCGCGCAACCGCCUGGCGGGGCUCGCUUGGGGAGCUGAGGAGACUGCGGGGUGCGCGUCGGGCCAGAGCAGGGCCGAGGCCGUGCUGGAGGCCCAGCGGGACAAGGGAAUGGGCGGUCCUCGGCCACUUGCCAGGCUCUGGCGGCCAAGGUGGUGCUUUCCGGGGCACAGCGGGUUUCUUGGGGCACUGGGUUUAGACUGCGGAGCACUUGGGAAGGGGAGAAGGAGAGGCUGGAGCCUCAUCACCUGGACAGUGUCUUUUCUCAGAGAGCAGAUCUAUUUAUAGUUUGGAAAUAAAGGAUUUACGGUCCGCCGGC